AGUAUCUUUUGUUCAUAAUAUGAGCAAUUUUCCCUUGUAAUCACAGAAUUUUCAUUCUCGUUCAAAAUCAAAUCAAAAUUACUCGAUCAUAUACUACAAUUUUAACCUAAUUAACCAAGCUCCUUCAUUCUUGAUUCUUCUCUUUCUCUCUCUAAAUUUCAGGAGUCACAAGUGAAAAUGGGCAAGAGGAAGAACAAGAAGAAAAUGAUUCAAAAAGAGGACUUUUGGGAGGACUGGUGUUUCGUCUGUAAAGAUGGCGGAGAUCUUCUUCUUUGUGAACACAGGGAUUGUUUUAAAUCAUAUCACCCUCGGUGUGUUGAUAAAGAUGAUUUUGCUCUGAAGAGUGACGUGCAUUUCAAAUGUGAUUGGCAUAUGUGCUUCAAUUGCAAGCAAGCUGCGAAAUUCCACUGCUUUUGCUGUCCAUAUGCUGUUUGUGGACUGUGUAUAGAUGUUGCAAACUUUGUUGCUGUCCAAGGCAUCAAAGGAUUCUGCAUGAAUUGUCUAAAGCUCGUCUUGCUGUGGGAGGAAAAGAAGGAAGUUGACUCAGAUGGGGAGACGGUAGACUUUACAGAGAGAGAAACUUUUGAAUUCCUCUUUAUGGAUUAUUGGGAAAUUGUCAAGAAAAAUGAAGGUUUGAAAUUGAAAAAUCUCCAAAAGGCAUACAAUUUAUUGAAGAAGGGUAGCAAAUAUAAAUGCCUGGAUGAUACAGAAGAGUUUGGUAAUAACGACCAAGAUAUUCCGAAUUUGAAUAAUUUUGAAGACUGGGAAUUCGAAGUUAUAGAGGAUUAUAGUCCUUCAAACAGAAUGAAAAAAGGUAAUGCAAAACACUUCAAAAGGAGGAAGUUAUCUACGGAGAAGGUGAAGUCCAAUAGAAUGGAGUUUCUAGGCUGGGCCUCUAAGCCACUCGUAUGUUUUCUUGAAUCCCUAGAGAAAGAUACAAGCAUAGAAAUCCCUCUAAAUGAUCUAAUAGACAUAGUUGGUAAGUAUGCAAACGAGAAAAAGCUAUUUGCCCCCCCAAAAAAGAAAAUGAUUAUCUGUGACCAAAGAUUAAAAUCUUUGUUUGGGCGACAAAGAGUGAACAAACAUAGACUACGUGAACUUUUGGAGGGUCAUCUUGCUGAAAAUCAGGAAGAAUCAUUUGAUGAUGAUGAAGUUGUGUUUAGCCCAGAAAAAGAUAAGAAAACCUUGACGUCUUGUAACAGGACGAACAAGAAAAAUCUAGAUGUACUUCUACACAAGGAGAAAGUAAUUUCAGGCGGUAUCAUGGCAUCAAUAAUUCCAGAUAAUAUUAAACUGGCGUACUUGAAAAGAAGCCUGGUGGAAGAGCUACUGAAAAAAACUGAAAUCGAAACCAAAGUUAUUGGUAGCUUUGUAAGGGUCAGAUCUGAUCCAGAUGACUAUAUGCAAGUACAUUCUCAUCAACUAGUUCAAGUUACUGGCAUAAAAGAGCAAUGCAUUGGAGGAGAGAAUGUGAGAUUUCUUCUUGAAGUCUCGAGUAUGCCUAUUGAUAUUAGUGUACAUAUGUUGUCGGAGAGUGACUUCAGCAAGGAAGAGUGUGAUCAUUUGCAUCAAAAAAUGAAGGACAGGCUACAUAAGAAGCUUACUAUUGUGGAGCUUGAGCACAAGGCCAGAAUAUUGCGUGAAGAUAUCAUCAAGCAUAGUAUUGAGAAGGAAUCUACAGUAUUGAAGAAUCUUAUUGACAAAGCUAAUGAGAAAGGAUGGAGAAGACAACUUUUCGAUUACACUGAAAGAAGAAAACAACUUGAAAGUCCAUCUGAGCUGAUGCGUCUGAUACAGCAGAUUCCAGAUGUAAUAGCUGAUGAUGUAGAGCUCAAUACUAGUUCAGCAAGCUCUUAUGAAAGCAGAAAAAGAACUUUUGCUGAAAAUAAAAAUGGAGUAGAAGCUGCAGCAUUCAAACAGCAGAUUCACUUGCAACUCCAUUCUUCUGCAACUCAGGUUGACACAGAAUUUGUGGGAGUGUUGCAGAAGAUUGACACAGAAAAUGAAUGUAAUCCUAAUAUGAAAGAAUCAGAUUGUGACGGUGAGAAAGUUGUUGAAACGAAAACUGGGGUGGUGGCAAUGAUUAACACAGAAAAUGAAAGAAAUAACGAUACACAAGGUUCAGACUGUGGCAGUAAAAAUGUUUCUGAAAAAAAAACUGGGGUGGUGUGGAUGAUUGACACAGAACCUGAAUGUAAUCAUGAUACACAAGGAUCAGACGGGGAUAGUGAGAAAGUAGCUAAGAUGAAAACUUGGUUGGUGGCAACGAUUGACACAGAAACUGAAUGUAUUCCUGAUACACAAGGAUCAGAUUGUGACAGUGAGAAAGUUGCGCAGACGAAAACUGGGCCGGUGACAACGACAGACACAGAAACUGAAUGUAUUCCUGAUACACAAGGAUCAGACUAUGACAGUAAAAAUAUUUCUGAAACAAAAACUGGGGCGGUGAGGAUGAUUGACACGGAAACUAAAAGUAAUCUUGAUACCCAAGGAUCAGACUGUGACAGUGCGAAAGUAGCUGAGGCGAAAACUGGGGAGGUGCCGAUGAUUGUUAUUAGCAGUGAUGGUGAGAUAGAGACGAUAAAGGUGAAAAAGCACCCGCGAUCAGUAAAAGAUCUUGAAGAAUGGUACUGCAUGGGUCCAUGUGGUGACAUCAAUGGACCGUUCAAAAUGUCGAUUCUCCAAGAGUGGAAUGAAAUCAGUACCAUUUAUGCUUGGAAGUUCAAAGUAUGGAAGAUAGGUCAAAGCGAAAAGGAUGGGGUGCUUUUGCCCGAUGCUUGUCGUAGUCUCCACAAGUCGUAGUUCUAGUAUUUGGUCACAGGUUAUAUAUAGUAAGCAGUUUUGCAGUAAAAAUGGAACAAGCCUUUAACUAAUGCUGUGUGAUUAUGUAUGUUAUCACACUCUUCUAUUAAAUCUCGAUGCAAAUUCGUGAUUAGCGAUUAACGUGA